CGAGCUGUCAUCGCGCCGCACUCGAUUUUCGCGCAGUGCUUCGUGUUCGUUCGUUCAUUCGUGUCCGCUACUUCAGUCAAGUUUGACCGCGUUGCAGUUUUCUUCUACAAACAAGUUUUUACCUGUCCCAUCUCAAAUGGCCGAUAAUGACGAUCUUUUGGACUACGAGGAUGAGGAUCAGACCGAGCAGGUUACCACGGAGCCGGCCGAGCAGCCCAAGAAGGACGUAAAGGGAACGUACGUUUCGAUCCACAGCUCCGGUUUCCGGGAUUUUCUUCUGAAGCCGGAAAUUUUGCGAGCCAUCGUCGAUUGCGGUUUUGAGCAUCCGUCUGAAGUACAACACGAAUGUAUUCCGCAAGCUGUGCUAGGAAUGGAUAUCCUCUGCCAGGCCAAGUCCGGUAUGGGAAAGACGGCGGUAUUCGUGUUGGCCACCCUUCAGCAGUUGGAACCCACGGAAAACGUUCCGUACGUGCUGGUUAUGUGCCACACUCGCGAGUUGGCCUUCCAGAUCAGCAAGGAGUACGAACGGUUCUCGAAGUACAUGCCAAACAUCAAGGUGGCCGUGUUCUUCGGUGGUCUGCCGAUCCAGAAGGACGAGGAGGUCCUGAAAUCGACCAACCCGCACAUCAUCGUCGGAACGCCGGGACGCGUUUUGGCCCUCAUCCGCAACAAAAAGCUGAACCUGAAACACCUGAAGCAUUUCAUUCUCGACGAGUGCGACAAAAUGCUUGAACAACUAGAUAUGCGUCGCGAUGUGCAGGAAAUUUUCCGCAACACACCUCACGGCAAACAAGUGAUGAUGUUCUCCGCCACCCUCAGUAAGGAGAUCCGGCCCGUGUGCAAGAAGUUCAUGCAAGAUCCUAUGGAAGUUUAUGUCGACGAUGAAACCAAACUGACGCUCCACGGUCUGCAGCAGCACUACGUUAAGCUGAAGGAAAACGAAAAGAACAAAAAGCUUUUCGAACUGCUCGAUGUUCUCGAGUUCAAUCAGGUUGUCAUUUUCGUCAAGUCAGUGCAGCGUUGUAUGGCCCUGGCGCAGCUUCUGACGGAACAGAACUUCCCCGCCAUCGGUAUCCACCGCGGUAUGGUCCAGGAGGAGCGAUUGUCGCGCUAUCAGCAGUUCAAAGAUUUCCAAAAGCGCAUCCUAGUGGCCACCAAUCUGUUCGGACGUGGUAUGGAUAUCGAACGCGUGAACAUCGUGUUCAACUACGACAUGCCGGAAGAUUCUGACACGUACCUGCAUCGUGUGGCCCGUGCUGGCCGUUUCGGUACCAAGGGGUUGGCCAUCACAUUUGUCUCGGAUGAAACCGACGCCAAGAUUCUGAACGAAGUCCAGGAUCGGUUCGAUGUCAACAUCACCGAAUUGCCGGACGAAAUUGAUCUCUCAUCGUACAUUGAAGGACGAUAAAAACACUCUGGAUCUUUACUCUAAUAAAGAUAAAUAAUAAUAACCAUGUGAUCGGAGAGGCAACUCUGAUGCUUUUUUAGUUUGUAUUUUCUAGAGUGUAAAAGAUAUCGUAUAAUUCCUUUGAGACGAGUUUUUAGCACAGUUAUGUGACACCACCCAUAAAAAAACAACAAAAAAAAACACCCUACUACCUAGUCGUGUAGUAGUUACAACCGGUUAUCACGAAGCUUCACUAACAUUCGAUUAGUUAAGGAAACACAGACAAAAAACGCUACAGCCGAACGUUGCAGUCUACUGCCUUUUCAGUAGAGGUGUAGUAUUGAACGAACUUUUUCGUUUUUAACUGAAGAAUACUAAAACUCAAACUUGAUCCCCUUAGAUUUAGUUCCGGUAACAUGGCUAAGUAAUAAAACAUGAUUUGGUGAAAUUGUGAGCCUUUAA